UGGCCCGUGAGCCUCCCUGGGCCGCAGGGAAACCGAGUCCGAGUCCGGCACCUCUCUUUGGACACUGACACGCCUCGCCACAUUUCGAACUCCAUACCCCACAAUGCAGAGCUCUCGAGAGGCGGAGCAACUCGGGCUGGUAGAGAAUUCUGGGAGAUGUAGUACAACCCUCCUCAGCCAUAAGCCUGUCCCAUCGAGACGUCGGGACACCGAAAACUACAAUUCCCGCCGGCAAAGCGGCUCCGGCCUCUCAGCACACUUCCCUCCCCAUGGCCUCUGUUCAGCCCCCUGCCUCGGUUCUGGUACCUGGGGUCAAAUCGUCUGUAGUGAUUGACUCUCAGGGCACCCGCUGCCGGGUCCCAGUCCACCUGUGCUACUUUAUCCUCCUCCCAGCCCGCGGGAGCUAGGCUCGGGGGCGUGGCGCAUCCCUGACUCCGCCCUCGCCGCGGGGGCCUCUGGGGCCUGGUCGCCAUGGCGACGGGCUGUACACUACCACAGCUUCCCAGGCCGCGGGUGCUGAUUGCCCGCCUGCCCGUGGGUCAUGGCCUGCCAGCAGUCGCGGUACCACAGCUUCUCGUCCGCGUCGAGAUUACAGCCACGGCCUUCAGGAGUGACCAUAGACGAAUCCUUUCUCACAGAAGACAAGAGCACCCAGAAUCGCAAGCUUCUUCAGAAACGAAGGACACUGGCAGAGAGAGAACUCGCCUCUGCCCACAGACAUCCCUCCCGUGCAGCUCAGCAUUCUGCAGCGGACGUCACUUCUCACCCCUCCCACCAACACACCAGGCACUGUGCUACCUACUGGGACGGUCACACCAGAUCUGCCAAGACUGGUCAGUUCUCCAUGGGUGGGCACCUGUCCCCAUGGCCCACAUACACCAGUGGCCAGACCAUUUUGCAAAAUCGAAAACCCUGUUCAGAUGACUACCAGAAGCGAGUAGGGAACUGCCAGCAGCACCCCUUUCGCACUGCCAAGCCCCGGUACUUGGAGGAACUGGAAAACUACCUACGCAAGGAGCUCCUCCUGCUGGACCUGGGCACAGAUUCCACCCAGGAACUAAGGCUGCAGCCUUACAGAGAGAUCUUUGAGUUCUUCAUAGAGGACUUCAAAACGUACAAGCCAUUACUAUCCUCCAUCAAGAAUGCGUAUGAGGGGAUGCUGGCCCACCAAAGGGAGAAGAUUCGGGCUCUGGAGCCCCUGAAGGCCAAGCUUGUCACUGUGAAUGAGGACUGCAAUGAGAGGAUCCUGGCCAUGAAAGCUGAGGAGAAACAUGAAAUCUCCCUGCUCAAGAAAGAGAAGAUGAACUUGCUAAAAAUCAUCGACAAAAAGAAUGAGGAGAAGAUUUCAUUGCAGAGCGAGGUGACCAAACUGAGGAAGAACUUGGCUGAGGAGUACCUGCAUUACCUCAGUGAGCGAGAUGCCCGCAAGAUCCUCAUCGCAGACCUGAAUGAGCUGCGGUACCAGCGGGAGGACAUAUCAUUAGCCCAGUCGCCAGGCAUCUGGGGGGAGGACCCUGUGAAGUUAACCCUGGCUCUUAAGAUGACCCGGCAAGACCUGACCCGCACGCAGAUGGAACUCAACACCAUGAAGGCCAACUUUGGAGAUGUGGUCCCCAGGAGGGACUUUGAAAUGCAGGAGAAGACCAACAAGGAUCUUCAGGAGCAGCUGGACACCCUGAGAGCCAGCUACGAGGAGGUUCGCAAGGAGCAUGAGAUCCUGAUGCAGCUGCACAUGAGCACGCUGAAGGAGCGGGACCAAUUCUUCUCUGAGCUGCAGGAGAUCCAGCGCACUUCCACGCCACGGCCUGACUGGACCAAGUGCAAAGAUGUGGUGGCUGGGGGCCCAGAGCGCUGGCAGAUGCUGGCUGAGGGCAAGAACAGCGACCAGCUGGUGGAUGUGCUCCUGGAAGAGAUUGGCUCGGGGCUGCUGCGGGAGAAAGACUUCUUCCCUGGUCUGGGCUAUGGGGAAGCCAUCCCUGCUUUUCUUCGGUUUGAUGGCCUCGUGGAGAACAAGAAGCCAAGCAAGAAGGACGUGGUCAACCUCCUCAAGGAUGCCUGGAAGGAACGUCUUGCUGAGGAGCAGAAAGAGACGUUCCCAGAUUUCUUCUUCAAUUUCCUGGAGCAUCGCUUUGGGCCCAGUGAUGCCAUGGCCUGGGCUUACACUAUUUUUGAAAAUAUCAAGAUCUUCCACUCCAACGAGGUUAUGAGUCAGUUCUAUGCAGUCUUGAUGGGAAAGUGGAGUGAGAAUGUGUAUGUCACCCAGAAGGAGACAGUAGCCCAGCUGCUGAAGGAGAUGACAAAUGCUGACAGUCAGAACGAGGGGCUACUAACCAUGGAGCAGUUCAACACUGUCCUCAAGAGUACCUUCCCUCUCAAGACAGAAGAGCAAAUCCAGGAGCUGAUGGAGGCAGGGGGCUGGCAUCCCAGCAGCAGCAAUGCAGACUUGCUCAACUACCGCUCACUGUUUAUGGAGGAUGAGGAGGGCCAGAGUGAGCCCUUUGUGCAAAAACUCUGGGAACAAUACAUGGAUGAGAAGGACGAGUACUUACAGCAGCUAAAGCAGGAGCUGGGCAUAGAACUCCAUGAGGAAGUGACUCUGCCCAAGCUGCGAGGGGCCCUGAUGACCAUCGACCCCAGCCUGGACAAGCAGACUGUGAACACCUACGUGAGCCAGGCCUUCCAGCUCCCUGAGUCGGAAAUGCCAGAGGAGGGUGACGAGAAGGAAGAAGGCAUGGUGGAAAUCCUCCAGACUGCCCUGGAGCGGCUUCAGGUGAUUGACAUCAGGCGUGUGGGACCUCGAGAGCCAGAGCCUGCAAGCUAGGAACCUGUGGGCAGCCUGUGUGCUCCAGUCCUGCUAACCCCUAGCUUUUAGUAUAAAAGUGUUUGUCUGAACCCA